CGGGGAGUAAUAAACGAGGGUAUCUCGCAUAGCGAAUGACUUCAGUGUACUUCUUCAUUCUUACGAAAGUACGAAACGUACGUAUUCCUUGUUCUUACUUGUUCCGUGGAUUCCUUUGGAUCAUCACAACGAUACCAGUCCUUGGUCUAUGUUAUAAGUAGGCAGAGGUGAGUCUUACGGUAAGCUGCUGCCACCUUCGGAUUCCAUUGACUCUUCUUUUUCCCCGUUCAUACACAUAUCGCAUAUCGUUACGACGUGUCUCUGGGAUCUACACAUUGUCAGAAAUGCUCGUCGAAUCUCUACAACCUCGAAACUGGGAUGUCUCAGCUCUUGGAGCUUUUCUGUUGUUGUUCCUUGCAUGGUUUACAUCGCAAGCUCUUUUGUUCCUCUAUCGUAUAACGAUACAUCCUCUCGCAAGGUUUCCUGGACCCAUCAUCGCCGGACUUACUUAUUGGUAUGAAUACUAUUACGACGUGAGUAAGGAAGGUCGCUAUUUGUGGAAGAUAAUUGAACUACACGAGAAGUAUGUACCGACUAACAGAUCUCGUCGACAUAGGUCCCAUAGUCCGAAUCAACCCCAAUGAGAUACACGCGAGCGACCCUUCCUGGUUUGCCGAAAUCUACCACGGUACCAACACCGUCACCGAUCGUGAUGGAUGGUACAAUUUGGAUUUUCUGGGUGACGGGCUGGCUUUCACGCUCGGCCAUGAACUCCACGCGACCCGCCGGGCACCUCUCGCCCCGUACUUUAGUGCUCAGUCGAUCAGGGCACUCGAACCUCGAAUCACCGGCGUCGUGGCUCGUAUGGUGCGACGUCUCGAAGAAUUCCACGCCUCCGGACACAUUGUCAAUCUGUACCACAUGUUCGCCGCCUACGCUCUUGACAUCGUGUCCGAAUACGCCCUCGGCGAAGACGGUUCGACAAAUCUCAUGGGGCUCCCCGAGAUGGGUCGUGCUUGGAGUGAAAUGACCACGGCCCAGAUCCGAAACAACCCGUUGGGUCGACACUUUAAGAGCACGAUGAGGGUCAUGCUUUUCAUGCCGGAGUGGGUCCUCGUCAGGCUCGUACCCGGCCUGGACGGGUUCGUCAAGUAUCAAGACUCUCUGUUGAGACAGACGCAGCGGGUGUUGACGCAGAACGACACGGGGGAGGGCGUCUUGCCCGACAAACGCACCAUCUUGCACGAGUUGGCGGCCAGUCCGACCUUGCCUCCCCGCGAAAAGUCCCUGGUGAGACUCAAGGACGAGAUGAACAUGGUGAUCGGGGCCGGAGGGGAGACCACCGCCCAAACUCUCACCAGGACAUGUUAUCACCUGGUCACCACCCCGGAUGUGCUGGCGAGGUUGAAACGCGAGUUGACCACCACGCUCAAAGAUCCGGACAAGAUUCCAUCCAUCGACCUUUUGCAGAACCUGCGAUACUUGACGGCCGUGGUGGAAGAAGGACUGAGGAUUUCGUUCCCCGUCCUGGCGAGGAGCCCCAGGGUGUUUAGACGUCACGCGUUGCAGUUGGGCGAUUGGACCGUACCGGCUGGGGUGAGUCGCCAUUUGCACUUUUCCCAAUCCUUCAACCCUCUUGUGUCCUUCUUAGCUCGUACCUACCCGUCUCCUUAACGCCGUGUCCUGCCCCUGCUUCCUGUAUUUCCGGAAUACUUUUGCUCACUUUUGUUGUCGUCUAUAACUCGUAGUCCGCAAUAUCAAUGUCACCUUAUAUCGUUCUGACGAACCCAGAAAUCUUUCCGGACCCGUUCAAAUUCAACCCGGACCGAUGGAUCGAUAACCCGGACAUACAAAAGUACAGAGUCACAUUCGGUAGAGGGAAAAGAGGUUGUUUGGGAAAGACGUGAGUAUACAAGCCCUUUGCACACUUCCUGGGAUUCUUAUCUCAGUCCUUUAUCAUAUGGAAACAUUCUGCCCUACCGCUACCGUCUGAGAAUUACUGGGACUGAGGCGUUGAUCCGAAAACAGUCUGGCGUAUACUGAAUUAUACUUCGCCAUCGCCAUGAUAUUUAGAAAGUUCGAACUCGAAUUGUUCGACACGACAAGCGAGGAUGUCGAGGUUGUGCACGACUUUUUCAUGGGGACGGCAAGGAACGAAUCGAAAGGCGUCAGGGCCAGGGUUGUCGGGUCGGUGUGAAAAGUGAACACUCUGAGCGCGCACCCCCCCCGAGAUAGAUCAAAUCAUCAGCGUACCAUGUAUGUUUGGGAUUGAGAAAUUAAUGAAUUUGUAUCGUUUCACAUCACCGACGUGUGUGAUUCAUCGGGAACACUGGAAAGAUA